GCCGUCGGCGCUAUAGCAACGGUAGCUAGCGGCGGGGCCAGACUGGCGAGAGGCCAUGUCUGCCUCAGCUGAUGAGACUGCAGGAGACCUGCCUGUGAGGGAUACAGGUCUCAACCUCUUGGGGAUGGGCGGGUUACAAGAAACUUCAGCAACAAGGACAGUGAAGUCUCGCCAGGCCGUGUCGCGUAUCAGUCGAGAGGAACUGGAAGACAGAUUUUUGCGUUUGCACGAUGAGAACAUUUUACUUAAGCAGCAUGCCCACAAGCAAGAGGAUAAAAUUAAAAGAAUGGCCACCAAGUUAAUACGGCUAGUUAAUGACAAGAAAAGAUAUGAGCGGGUUGGUGGCGGCCCCAAGCGGCUGGGACGAGACCUGGAAAUGGAAGAAAUGAUCGAGCAACUCCAAGAGAAAGUUCAUGAGCUUGAAAGACAAAAUGAAGCCCUCAAAAACAGGCUGAUUUCAGCCAAACAGCAACUUCAAAUCCAGGGUCACAGGCAAACACCAUACAAUUAUGUGCAACCUCGUAUUAACACUGGGCGGCGAAAAACAAGUGAAAAUGCAGGCUCACAGGAAGGCCCCAGAAAAGGUAUUAGAUUCCAAGAUGUAGAUGUAGCAGAAACUCUACAGCCCAUGCUUGCAAAAUACGGCAACAGUUUACUUGACGAAGCCAAAGGAGAAAUAAGAAAUUUAGAAAAUGUGAUUCAGUCACAGAGAGGCCAGAUAGAAGAGCUAGAGCACUUGGCUGAGAUCCUAAAAGCUCAGUUAAGGAGAAAAGAAAAUGAAAUUGAGUUAUCUCUUCUUCAGCUUCGAGAACAACAGGCUACAGAUCAAAGGGCAAACAUCCGGGACAAUGUAGAAAUGAUUAAGCUUCAUAAGCAGCUCGUCGAAAAAAGCAACGCUUUGUCGGUAAUGGAAGGAAAGUUUAUUCAGCUUCAAGAGAAGCAAAGAACUCUCAGAAUUAGCCAUGAUGCCUUGAUGGCAAAUGGGGAUGAGCUAAAUAUGCAACUCAAAGAACAGCGUCUGAAAUGCUGCAGCCUGGAGAAGCAGUUGCAUUCUGUGACCUUUUCUGAAAGAAGAAUAGAAGAGCUGCAGGAUAGAAUUAAUGAUUUAGAAAAGGAACGGGAACUUUUAAAGGAGAACUAUGACAAACUAUAUAACAGUGCCUUCAGCGAGGCCCACGAAGAGCAAUGGAAGUUAAAGGAACAGCAGCUGAAAGUGCAGAUUGCCCAACUGGAGACCGCCUUGAAGUCUGACUUAACAGACAAAACUGAAAUCCUUGACCGAGUCAAAACCGAAAGAGACCAAAAUGAAAAACUCAUUCAAGAAAAUAGAGAACUUCAGUUACAGUAUCUGGAACAAAAACAGCAGCUUGAUGAACUUAAAAACCGCAUGAAGUUUUACAACCAGGAGAGUGAUAUUAAUGCCGAUGAAUUGAGUGAAGCGCUCCUGCUCCUAAAGGCUCAAAAGUCACAAAAAAAUGGAGAUCUUUCCUUUUUAGAGAAAGUUGACGGUAAAAUUAAUAAAGAUCUAGAACGUUCCAUGAGAGAACUGCAAGCAGCCCAUGCAGAGACAGUGCAAGAACUUGAAAAGACAAGAAACAUGCUAAUUAUGCAACAUAAAAUUAAUAAAGAUUAUCAGAUGGAAGUCGAGGCAGUGACCCAGAAGAUGGAGAAUUUGCAGCAAGAUUAUGAACUCAAAGUGGAACAAUAUGUUCAUCUUCUUGAUAUCAGGGCUGCGCGCAUCCAGAAACUGGAAGCCCAAUUAAAGGAUAUUGCCUACGGCACCAAGCAGUACAAAUUCAAACCAGAAAUCAUGCCAGAUGACUCAGUUGAUGAAUUUGAUGAAACUAUUCACUUAGAACGAGGCGAAAACCUCUUUGAAAUCCAUAUCAGCAAAGUAAACUUUUCUCCUGAAGUUUUGCAGAUGUCUGGAGAUAAGGAGCUGGUCACUUUCUGCACCUAUGCUUUCUAUGACUUUGAACUCCAGACAACUCCCAUAGUGCAAGGCCUUCACCCAGAAUAUAACUUCACUUCGCAAUAUGUUGUUCAUGUCAAUGACUUAUUUUUACAAUAUAUUCAGAAGAAUACUAUCACACUUGAGGUCCACCAAGCUUACAGCACAGAUUAUGAGACUAUUGCAGCAUGUCAGUUGAGAUUCUAUGAGAUUCUAGAAAAACAUGGUCGAAUAUUUUGCACAGCAAGUUUGGUUGGAACUAAAGGAGAUGUCCCAGAUUUUGGGACAGUGGAAUACUGGUUUCGAUUAAGAGUUCCCAUGGAUCAAGCAAUUCGACUGUAUCGGGAACGGGCAAAGGCUUUGGGCUACAUAACAUCAAAUUUUAAAGGGCCAAAUCAGACGCAGUGGUUAAGUCAGCAAGCACCCAAAACUGCUCAGCUCAGUGCUGCAGAUUCCACAGAAGGCAACUUGAAUGAACUUCACAUCACAGUACGAUGCUGCAGCCGCCUGCAGGCCAGAGCAAGCCACCUUCAGCCACACCCAUAUGUCGUGUACAAGUUUUUUGAUUUCGCAGACCACGACACAGCCAUUAUUCCCAGUAGCAACGAUCCACAGUUUGACGACCACAUGUGUUUCCCAGUGCCAAUGAAUACGGAUUUGGAUCGGUACCUUAAGUCAGAGUCUCUGCGCUUUUAUGUGUUCGAUGACAGUGAUACCCAGGAGAAUAUUUACAUGGGAAAGGUCGCUGUGCCCCUGAUUUCCCUGGCGCAUGACAGGUGUAUUUCAGGAAUAUUUGAGUUAACUGAUCAUAAAAAGCUUCCUGCAGGAACCAUCCAUGUUAUAUUGAAAUGGAAAUUUGCUUACCUUCCACCAAGCGACUCCAUAACAACUGAAGAUUUAGGAAAUGUCAUUCGGGAGGAAGAAUCAGAAGUUCAAAGACUACCUCCAGCUUCCUCUGUUAGCACGUCAGCUGUGGCCCCAACACCUAAACCAAGGCAGCGUCUAAAACCUGUAGAGUAUAAGGUAUCUUUUGUGGAUAUCACAGCACACCAGAGUUCUGAGAACUCUACACCUGAAGACAUGAAGGAAAUGUCACCAGAAGUUGAGCAUCAACCAAAAGUAGAAAUUAAUAUGCCAACUGUUUUUGGUUCCAAGGUUUCUGAACAAAGCUAUGUAGAUGAGGCAAAGGAGAAUACAGAGAAGAUGCCACAAGGAAAAGAUGGGGAUGAAUGUUUAUUAUCUGAAGGUCAACUUGCAGAAGACAAUGUGACUUCUUCUGAAGAUGAGACAGAAAUAACUGAAGAACUAGAACAAGAAGAUGAAGAAGACAGAUCAGCUUCUGACAGUGAUGAGUGUAUUAUUCCGGCACCUAUCUCCAAGAAUACCUCACAGCCCUCCGAAAAAAUAAGGAUUGAGAUCAUCGCUCUAAGCCUGAACAGCUCCAGAAUAACCGCGGACAACACUAUCCAACGGCUGUUUGUCGAGUGCCGGUUCUACAGUCUUCCUGCUGAAGAGACACCGGUGUCGUUGCCCAAGCCCAAGAAUGGGCAGUGGGUGUACUAUAACUACAGCAAUGUGAUCUACGUGGAUAAAGAAAACAAUCAAGCAAAGAGAGACAUCCUAAAAGCCAUACUGCAGAAACGAGAGAUGCCUAACAGAAGCAUUCGCUUCACCGUGGUCAGUGACCCUCCAGAGGACGAGCAGGACCUGGAGUGCGAGGACGUUGGCAUCGCCAGCGUCGACCUGGCUGAGCUGUUCCAGGAGGGGAGAGACAUCAUUGAGCAAGAUGUGGACGUGUUCGACGCGCGCGCGGGUGGAGAAACGAUUGGCCAGCUGCGCAUAACCGUGCAAGCGCUUCAGGCCCUGCGGUCUGUGGACGAGGCCUGCAGAGGCGGCGAGGAGGCUUGAAGGACACUGCCCCAGAGGCGACUCCUGCUCCUAGUAAAUGUUCCCGGAAAGCUCUUAGAUGAGGUUUUUGUCCAUAACCAAUCAUUCACGGGAGGCUGGGGGCGGAAGGCCCGGGUGGGAAGUGUUCAGGUUUGGGGAGCCGUCUUCAUUUGCUUAUUUUUCUACUCCCUCCUUCCCGUGCCGGCCACCCUCAGGACCAAAUUUCUGCCCACUGGGCAACAGCUUCUCAGUAAUGUACAGCUACCUGAUAGCAUGAGAACACCGUCCGCAUUUUCAACAUUUUCUUAUGAAGACCUGAUAUGCAGCUCCCAUUUUUAUUUUUAAUAAGCAACAAACAUAAAUCUUACCAAACCUAAGAAAAAGAAGUAUUUUGCUGUUAUCCCUAAUCGCCCCGCUAAAUGGAAUGCUAUGAUUAGCCUCAUUACGAGUUUUGUACUGUGAAGAUUUUAUUAGAAGCAAUAUAUGAAAAUUACUUGGAUUAAUGUGCUAAUCUUCCUCUUUAAAAUGCUAAUACCCAUUUUAUGCACAUUAAAGCUCAGUGUGCAUUUUCUUUGAUGCAUGCAGUUUCUAUCAAUUAAAUAUAAGAAUGAGACUUGGAAGCAACUUAUUAAAUUACUG